CGACCGUUUCACCGCUCCUUUUGAUAUCCCUCACUUAUUUUUAUUUUUUGCUCUAAUGAAUACACAAAACAAAUCAAGGAAAAAAAAAAAACUCACCGAAGCUGAAGACGAAACAUCACCAAAUCUUCCUCUUCUGCAACUGUCUCCAUCUAUACGUACUAAAUUAUUCAUUUCUCUCUACAUAUAUAAUAUUACAAAGAAAGUGAUUCAACAUUACACAUGUACCUUUCUGUAAUUUCAAACUUUCAAGAAUGAUCACCAUGGUUGAUGACACAAGAUCACUGAUCCAAACCAGGUUUUAGUUGUGAAUUUUCGCUUUUACAACUUCUUCAUAUGUUUCUUAAUGUUUUUUUCUCCUCUGUAGUUUUGUAUUAUACAGCUUUUGAUUCGGAAGACAAUUAUGAUGAUGAGUAGCAGCAGUAGCAGUAGUAAUGGUAGUAGUAGUUAUACAAGAUGCGUUAAAACUCCAUCAUCUACAAAUACUAACAUUGGGAAGAAACUGAAAGGUUGUGAAAAUGGUGUUGUAAAUCGAAAGGCGUUAAAUCGAGAGAAGAUAAUUACUCUGCAAGAAGAUGUUGAAAAGUUGAGAAAGAAGCUGAGACUUGAAGAAAACAUUCACCGAGCAAUGGAAAGAGCAUUUAGUAGGCCUCUUGGAGCACUUCCCCGUCUUCCUCCGUUUCUACCUCCAUCGGUUUUGGAGUUACUUGCGGAAGUGGCUGUUUUGGAAGAGGAAUUGGUUCGGUUAGAAGAACAUAUUGUGCAUUGUAGACAAGAAUUGUAUCAAGAAGCAGUUUUUACAUCUUCAUCGAUAGAGAAUUUAAAAUGCUCUCCUGCAUUUCCUAAGCAUUGGCAGACCAAAUCCAAGUCAGCUUCCACUAGUGCUAGAGAAUCAGAAUCACCUCUUUCACGGGCACCUUGUUCUGUUUCAGUGUGUAGGAAGGGUAAAGAAAACAAGUUGAGUGCUACUUCUAUCAAAACACCGAUGAAGAAAACGACUAUUGCUCAUACACAACUGAAUAAGAGUUUAGAAGCUCAAAAACUAAAGCAGGAUAGUCAUAGAUGUCGCAAAACAAAUGCAGAGCGGAGCUCUCAUGGUGGCGGUGAUGAACCAAAUAAAAUUUCCGAGGAUUUGGUUAAAUGUCUGUCUAACAUUUUCAUGAGAAUGAGCUCAAUAAAGAGAUCCAUGGUUACAAAAUCUCAAGAAAACGAUAAAGAUACGGCAUUCAGGGAUCCUUAUGGAAUUUGCUCUAGUUUUAGAAGAAGGGAUAUUGGUCGAUAUAAGAAUUUCAGUGAUGUUGAAGAAGCCUCACUUAACCAAAACAGAACGUCAAGUUCCUCUUUGUUUCUCAUCCGCCAACUGAAACGAUUGCUUGGAAGACUUUCUUUAGUCAACAUGCAGAAACUUAAUCAACAAGAGAAGUUAGCUUUCUGGAUAAACAUUUAUAACAGCUGCAUGAUGAAUGGUUUCCUUGAACAUGGAAUACCGGAGAGCCCUGAUAUGGUGACAUUAAUGCAAAAGGCGACUAUAAAUGUAGGAGGCCACUUUCUCAAUGCAAUCACGAUCGAACACUUCAUCCUCCGCUUACCGCAUCACUCAAAAUAUAUUUCUCCAAAGGGUUCAAAGAAAAAUGAAAUGGCAGUGAGAAGUAAAUUUGGAUUGGAAUUGUCAGAGCCACUUGUAACAUUUGCUCUCUCAUGUGGUAGCUGGUCCUCACCCGCGGUACGGGUGUACACUGCGAGUAAAGUAGAGGAGGAGUUGGAGGUGGCGAAAAGAGAGUACCUAGAAGCAUCGGUGGGGAUAUCGGUGGUGAAAAUAGGGAUACCAAAGCUGAUGGAUUGGUAUAGUCAUGACUUUGCAAAGGACAUUGAAUCAUUGCUUGAUUGGAUUUUCCUUCAGUUGCCUACUGAGUUGGGUAAAGAUGCUCUCAACUGUGUUGAACAAGGGAUGUCUCAGUCCCCUUCUUCUACUCUUGUCCAUAUUAUCCCUUAUGACUUCACUUUUAGAUAUCUUUUUUCCAUCUGAAAAUGUUUUUUUUUUCCUAAGGGGGGUUGUUUUCUUUCUUUUAAUUUUUUCUCUGAGGUUCAAAUAGGUUUUGUUUACACUUUUACAUCAACAGAAAAAUGUAGAUAAAUAAGGAAAAAUCGAACCUAUAUUGUGUUCGAGUUAGUUUGGUGUUUGUUUUCCAACACACAUCAAUUUCAAAGCUGAUUAGGUAUAUGGCGAGAAAUGAAAAAGUAUUUAGAUAAAUGAUUAUUCCUAGAGUUUGUAAGUAGGAA